UAUAUUAGUUUCAAUACAGCUAGAACAAUACAUAUUACAUUUUCAAUCCGUCAUAUAUGAGUAAAUGUAGUUAUUGAGGAUUACCAUUAGUUGUAUUUGCAUGCAGCAAGGUUACAACUGAACUACAAAAGUUUAUCGACAUCUUGUCGGCUGCUGUAAUUAUCGCCAUUACCAGACUAAAAUUCUUGUCAUUUCUGCAACUGUGCAAGACAAAGAAUUUUAUUUUUGACGGACAAUUUAUAAACGUAGCAAUGAUGGAAACCAGAAAUUACCCUUUGGAGUUUGAACAAUUCCAGGAUAUCAUCGAUCAGCAUUACUGGGAUGAACUGAAAUUUUACCCACAAUCGAUUAUCAACACGAUGAAGCCUGCAAGUUCAAAUCCGGAUGAUCGUCCACUGAACAGUUUCCUUGACCAAUCAUCACCAGAUGAUUCACUGGUGAAUUGUCAUGAGUAUAACGUUCAAGCUAUCGAAGAUUUAGAUCUAACAAAGAUAAUGGACGAAAUUAUGGACAAUAAUGAUCAAAUUCUUGACUUUAGCUGUCAGAUGGCAGUUCAAAGUAAUUCAGUUGAAGAAUACGCACCAUGGAAUAUUACACCUGUUAGCCCAGUUUUUCCAAAACAACCCGAACCAUUUGUUAAUAGGGAACUUCAAAAUGCUAAUAAAGUCACCAGAAAUGCAAAAGCAAAACCAAGGGUGGAAAAAAGAAAGCCAAAGCUAGCAAAACGCAAAAGAAAAAGAUCAGGUAAUCGUUCUAUUCACUUGUGGGAGUUUCUACGAGACAUGUUAAAUGACGCCGAGGAAAAUCGUAAAUACAUUAAGUGGAUUAGUAAAUCUGAAGGUGUUUUCCAAUUGGUUAAUUCUGGUGGUGUUGCCAAGCUUUGGGGGCAACGAAAAAAUCGAAAAAAUAUGACAUACGAAAAGAUGAGUCGUGCUUUGCGCUAUUAUUACGAAAAAGACAUUUUGGAAAGAGUUCCCAAUGCUCGUCUUAUUUAUAAAUUUGGUGGAAAAGCCAAGAUAAUUUCCUCUGAAACUGAUGGCGACGAGUCCUUGUCAGAUACAAGUGACAACUGAUCUAACGUCACUGGAGUGCUACUUUAUUUGACAAAAAAUGUCAUCAAUAGUUUGGCGAUCGUUUCCGCUGUUUCUUUGCCACGAACAGCUUCGUUUUUAUAAAAUCAAUAAAUGUUCUCGCUAAAUCUGCGUGUACAUUAUUGAUUUUCUAGUCUUACCCAGUAUUUCACUUGUAUGCUUUGUAAAUUUCAACAAUUAGCAAUAUUUGUACAUAAUAUAAUUUUUAAUUUUUAAGAUUUUAACUUACCUGAUGGCCGAUAACCGGAGUAAAAUUUCAAACAAGUUGAUUUGAAUUUGCUUAUCAGUAAAAGCAAAUAACGUCACUGAUGUUGUAAACUGUUAGCCAUUGAUCUAAGUUUUAACUGGAUAACUCGCUUUUCAAGAAAAAUGAACCGACCAAACUGAUAUGCACGUUGUUUUAUUAGUGAAUCUACAUUCUCUUUAAAAGUUUUGGUAACUGUUGUAAUUAAAAAAAUUCUUUUAAAAAAAAAUCUUAUGUAAUCCAAGCACUUAACAUCACCAUAGUCAUCAUAUAAGCGAAUGUAUCCAAGCAAAUUGUAUGAUAUUAAAAUUACUCAUUGCCCAGAAGUGAGUUAUUAAUUAAAAAGUCAAGAAAUGCA